AUGUUUCGUCCACUGAAGCCAUCUUUAACCAUCACAGAGCAAAACCUGGCAGACCGAGUUCGGUAUAUCUUGCGCUCAAAUAUAUAUGAUGUCGCCGAACUCGAACGGCUACGACGUGAAGCUGUUCCCUCAUCAGAUGAAAAUGCUACGGCUAAGGAUGUGGCGCCACAAAUUGCAGAGCAACCCGCAAACGUGGAUGCCGCCGUAAAUACCCCAGUUGUGGUUGAUUCAAACGAUGAUGGAACAGUUGCUCGGGAAAUGGAAUUAGAGCAUAUGAGGAGUACAUUGGAAGAGGCGAUUGUGGAAACGCGGAGUACGCCUCUCGAAAAUCGAUCGCGACUUCCCCGCAGAGCCCUAAGCAAGCAGAAUCGGGCUAUCGUGAGGGCUCUGAAUCCAACGCUGGUGACCCAUUUGGAAGCCAGCCGGGACCUUUUAGAGACGAACUCAAUUCUUUUUGGCGCCGCACUGGCAGUAUGCCGUAUUAUUGGCGCCGAACUUUCCACGGCUGGACGCGCUACUGGACAAAGUAGCGCUAUCCCAGCCUGGAGAAUAAAAAUUGAAGAAUGUAUCGCAAAGGCUAGGGCCCUCAUCGGCAGACUGAUAUGCUUCAGGUCAGGAUGGCAUUUGCUGGGACAAAUGUUAGUUUGUCCCAACCGGAUAUAA